AUGACCACAAGACUGCCGAGCAUCUGCUGCGGCAGCAGCGGUGUCUCGCGCACUUUCGUAUUCCCACCCAAGAACCACCGCCGCCAUGUCGCAGUCGCGUUGCGGGCACGCGUAGCCUUUCACACCACUACUAUCCGCCAGGAAGCAGCUCCGAAACCGUUCAACAAAGCUGGCAAUGAGGAAGAUACCUCGCCUCCCGAACAAGCAGCGCUCCUCGAAAUCUCCGGACGAAACGGCAAGCACAUCCACCCCGUGAACCCUCCUCGAAGCACACGCCCCCCGGACCUCGUCCUCCCAGACCGAGCCCAACACCACAACGCCUUCACCUACUACUUGCGCCUCGGACGGAGCUAUGGAUCAUUCUACUGGCGGGGGUUGAAAUGCGUGUGGUACAAUUGGCAAGCAUCCAAAAGCCUUCAAAAGGGAAAACAAUGGGAAGACUUACGACGGAGUGAAUUCCAAUUGCUGGAGAGGAAUGGACAUGAUAUUGGCAAGUUACCCUUUUUUGGGUUACUGGUGGCGCUCUUUGGGGAAUGGUUGCCGCUUCUGGUGCCUUUCAUUCCUUCUGCUGUUCCGGGGACUUGUAGGAUUCCGAAGCAGGUCUUGGGGAUGAGGGGGAAGGCGGAGGAGAGGAGGAGGGAGAGUUUCCGGAGGGGCAUUGCGGAGCCUGCGAUGGGAGAAUUGGUCGCCGGGAAGGAUGGGGAGGCGUGGUCGAUGACGAAGAGGGAGAUGGCCCGGGAGGUUUUGGGUGGUUUGAAGGCGGAACAGCUUUUCCAUUUGAGCUGUACGUUGAAUAACCACAAUCGUCUCUGGGAUCGAGUGCAGUUGCCUCCUCCCACCGCGCUUCUGAGGUCUGGACUUUCGAAGAAGCUAUCCUACAUCGCCAAGGACGACAAGUUACUUGUUAGAGAUGGAGGCGUGCCUCUUCUAUCACCGGAAGAGCUGGAUAUUGCCUGUGAAGAACGCGGGAUAGACGUCCUCGGCAAGCAGGAAGAAACUCUGCGUGCUAAUCUGGACUGGUGGCUCGCACGGCAGCAGGAAGACCAAGGGCGAGGCAGGGCCGUGAUGGUGAUGCUGUUCAGGAGGUAAGUCACCAUGUCGAUUCCGAACUCCCACCUGACCCGAAAACCACAGUCUCGCUAUCCGUGACUGGGUGCGCUUGCACCUAAUAACAAGCAUCAGGAGCUAACCCCUAGACAGGCCGAAUGCGUGGGCGACGGAAGUCUCCCCUUCUUCUUCUUCUUCUUCUUCGAGGCAACCAUGA